AUGAAGGACUGCUCAGAUAUCGUCCUCUGUGUGGAGACGACAGAGCUGAGCAAGACUGAGUUCUGCAAUCCUGCUUUCGAGCCUGAAUCAGGGCCACCCUGCCCCCUCCCCGCCCUCCGGGAGGACGCCAACUGCAGCGUCCAAGCUCCCUGGCAUGGUCGGCAUCCCCGACGGCUGCAGCCGGACUGCCGCUUCUCCUGGCUGUGUGUCCUUCUGCUGGCCGGCCUGCUGCUCCUGCUGCUCGGGCUGCUGGUGGCCAUCAUCCUGGCCCAAUUGCAGGCUACAGCCCCACCCGGGGCCACCUACCAUCCACUGCCUUCCCGAGGCCUUGCCACCAUUGACACCACCCCUGCCACCUCCACCACCACCUCCCAGGCAACUGGGACCCCUAGAGGGCAACCGGAGGUAGGAGUGAGCCUCGCACCCCACUCAGCCUGUGGGGGCCUCCUUCCUGGCCCAAGGGGCUUCUUCAGCAGCCCCAACUACCCAGACCCUUACCCACCCAACGCCCACUGCGUGUGGCAUAUCCAGGUGGCCACAGACCAUGCAAUACAGCUCAAGAUCGAAACGCUCAGCACGGAGAGUGUGGCCUCUUGUCUUUUCGAUCGCUUGGAAAUCUCUCCUGAGCCGGAAGGCCCCCUCCUCAGAGUAUGUGGGAGGGUGCCUCCCCCCACACUCAACACCAAUGCCAGCCGCCUCCGGGUGGCCUUCGUCUCUGACAGCAGUGUGGAAGGAUCUGGCUUCCAUGCCUGGUACCAGGCUGUGGCCCCUGGACACGGGAGCUGUGCCCACGAGGAGUUCCCCUGUGACCAGUUCGUCUGCUUGCUGCGUGACUCGGUGUGUGACGGCUUUGCCAACUGUGCUGAUGGCAGUGAUGAGACCAACUGCAGUGCCAAGUCUUCAGGGUGUGGGGGGAACCUGACUGGGCUUGAGGGCACUUUCUCUGCUCCCAGCUACCUGCAGCAGUACCCUCACCAACAGCUUUGCACCUGGCAUAUCUCGGUGCCUGCUGGACAUGGCAUCGAACUGCUCUUCCACAACUUCAGCCUGGAAGCUCAGGACGAGUGCAAGUCUGACUACGUGGAGGUGUACGAGGCCCGCAGCUCAGGGGCCCUCAGUCUCCUGGACAGGUUCUGCGGAGCAGAGCCGCCCCCGCGUCUCGUCUCCUCGCACCACCAGCUGGCAGUGCUCUUUAGGACAGACCAUGGCUUCAGCGUUGGGGGCUUCUCAGCCACCUAUCGGGCCCUCAAUGCCACAGAGAGCCCCUGUAGGCCCGGAGAGUUCCCCUGCCAGGAUGGAGGGUGUAAGAGUCUGCAGUGGAUGUGCAGCACGUGGCCAGACUGCGCCGGUGACAACUGCAGCAGCCCCUUGUUCCCAACCCCAGAGCUGGCCUGUGAGCCUGUCCAGGUGGAGAUGUGCGUCGGUCUGAGCUACAACACCACGGCCUUCCCUAACAUCUGGGUGGGCAUGACCACCCAGGAAGAGGUGGUGGAGGUCCUCAGAGGUUACAAGAGCCUGACAAGCCUGCCCUGCUACCAGAAUUUCCGGAGGCUCCUUUGCGGGCUGCUGGUGCCCCACUGCACCCCACUAGGCAGCGUCCUUCCCCCUUGCCGCUCUGUCUGCCAGGAGGCAGAGCGCCAGUGCCAGUCUGGCCUGGCGCUACUGGGCACCCCCUGGCCCUUCAACUGCAACAGGCUGCCUGAGGCAGCUGGCCUGGAGGCUUGUGCCCAGCCCUGA